AUGGUGAAGAUCAGAACAAAGUGGCAACCCUGUGACUUUGAUCAGGUUCACACACCCCUGUCUAUAUCGAAACAGAGUUUACCAGAAUCAAAUGUGGAAGCAGCAAACGUACAAGAAGAGGAAUUUUACUUUGAUGCGAUAAAAGUAAUCGAUUAUCAGGUCCCAGUGAGUUCACCACCGACAUUGUCUCACCGGGAUAUGGCAAGGCCACCGCACGAGGAUCCUGAGUAUCAGAAGCAGCUUGCCAUGGAAGCAGGAUCCACAGUUAUUAAAGUUGUUGGAACACCUGCGGUAAGGCCUCCACAAACGUCAGUCCUGAAAAUAAUGAACAACGAGGGCCAGCUCUUGAAAUUUCAGGCAACAUCACUUCCCUCAGGGGGAAAUACCGGAAAACACCGCAAGCCGACAAAAUCACAACAUCGUUACGUAUCACCAAGUGGUAGUCUCCUAGCCCUAUCAACUGGUGAUAAAAUAAUCUCAAAAUCGCGACGUGGACGUAACGAGGUGAAAAAAUGCCGUAAACGUCACGGUAUGGAGGGAAGGCUCGACUGGUGUACGCAGUGUAAAUGGAAAAAGGCCUGUACUCGUUACGUUGUCUAGAAACAAUGAUGAGAGCCUGUGAUGUGCACAGGUAUCCCAGCCUCGCUGAGUCAAUCCCAAAGUUUGCUAGUGUAAAAGAAUUACAAUGCGCUAACCGCCAGAUCAACUGCCAACGUACAACAAUAAAUAAAUGAGUGAAUUAUACAACAGUGAGACACGAUGACAGUACACAUACCAUGACGAUUACCUGUUGACUAUUGCACUGGGAUAUUAUUCGUCUGGUGAGCUCAAUACAGAGAGAGACAACAGCUGUAUCUUUAAUGUGUAUGCGAAAUCGUAAGGAGUCGACCAUAUUUGGACUCAAGUGUUUUUUCACUGUUGAUUCAUGGUAAUUGACACGUAAACGUGCUUGACUCUUCACGAAUUUUUUAAAUGUCUCUCGUUGAGAUUACAAAACCGUUAAUGAAAAAAGAAUAUAUAUAUUAAAGUAAAAAUGUAUGUUUCAACAUCGAGCUCUGGCAUGAACGUAAUUUCUGACACUUGUAAUUUUUUUUUUUCAUUUUUUUUUUUCAUUUUUCAUUUGAAUUGUGCAGCAUUCUGCGAUGGUAUUACGAUGACGAGAUUAUGGAAAAUUUUUAAUUAGUUCAGUUUCUGGUACUUAUCUCACUGCUAUCACAUGGAAAUUCGAAGGUGUACAUUAUUUUAUGUAGUUUAUUUAUUGAAUUUGUCAUUUGGAGGAGAUUUGAAUGUUUUGUGUUGAUGAAUAUGACGUUAAUUUUGUAAAUGCUAUCAGUUUAUUUUGAAGAUUGAUUUAUUGAUUGAAUUGUAUAUUAAUUUGAUGGAGAUUUUUGUGUCACUUGUGUCAGAAAUUCAGUCUAUGUCAGUAUGGAGAAGGGGAAAACCAUUUGAUCGGAGAAAAAUUGUGAUAUUUUAAACUAAAUCGAAGCUAAUUCUGUGAAACAUCUAAAAAAACGUGUUUUUAGGAGAAAAAAAAAAUAAUGUGCAAACUCAUGGAGAAUGGUAAUUCCCAUUCCCGACGAGGCGAAAUCCAAAAGAAACGAAUAAAUCAAUUCAAUAGAUUAAUUAUGUUGAUAACAAAAGAGAUAUAUGGGAGAGAAAACAUAAAACAAUAAACAACAUAAGUUGUAUACACCAAUAUUAUAUACUGCCAGAGAUGAAUAGUAAAUUUACUAGAACGAUUUUUCGUACAUCCCGGCGGGAGUCAUCGAUGAGCUCUCGUGUAAAGCCAAUUUUCCAAGAGAUUGUCAACAUUCAGAGAUUGAGAGAAUCAUGCCGAAGGUCUCGGCAAAUAAAAUUAUCAAUUUCCUUACUAAAAAAAACCCAAUAAUUGAAUUAAAUGCACAAUUUCUUCUCACCUUGUACCAUCAUGUACUAGAACAAUAUUAAAACCUACCAGGAAUUAUCCAAGUGUCUUUCAAUCAGGCAGUCGACCUUCCAUAUUAAAUUAUAAUUUAAUUACAAUAUAAUUAUAAUUUUCCAUGUGUUUGCCUAUUUUACAUUCAUUGUAUUUAUUGUUUAUUUACAACUGAAGCCCAAUUCAAGAAAAUUUUUAUGGCAUUCUUUUUUUAUGGGGAAUUAUCAAAUUUUUAAGAGCAUCGAGUAAUUUAUCGUUUAUUUAUCAUUUGAGAAUUUAUUGUCUUUUAUUUUCUCUAAAUCGUAAUUGCUCAUUGGUAUAAUUUGUUAUUAAAUUAACUGAGAUGCAAUGAUAUGGCACUCUUGAUAGGUUCGUUAAACAGUCGGGAUGAUUGAAAUGUGGCAGGUCAAGUCAAAUUUAUUUAUCUCUUUUACCAAUGGAAUGAAUGGAAAUUCAAUUCUUUCGAAGGGAAAUGAAUUGUUUUUUCGAAUUUACCUGACGACAAGUGAAUUAUCAUAAGGCAGGGGCAAACAUAAAUCUAUUUACUUUAGUUUAUUCAAAAUUUUUGUAAUAUUAAUAUUU